AUGUCAUCUAAACGAAAAUCUCCACCGUCGAAAUUGCAAGAAGGAGCAGCCGACAACGAGAAACCCGAAGCGGGCCCAGCCAACCAAGAGUUCUCCGAUCACCAGGAGUCCGACGAAAACGAACAACAGAACUACUACAAAUUCUCCCCCAGCUCCUCGACGAGAAGCUCGAUCAGCGAAGAAGACGCUUCGAACUACGAAGAAGAACGCCCAUCGAAGAAGCAACGAUUCGAGCAAACAAUAGACAUGACAAACAAUCUUCUAGUCCCGUCAUCUUUCCUCAGCCUGCACCAAGUCAAUGAUUUGCAAGCGAGAAGACGAGGCUCCUCUGAAUGCAGUAGCCCCGGCGCGGAGGCCAAGCUAGGACUCUGCAACAACAACAAUUCCCUAUUGAACCACAAUAGCGCGUUGUCGUUUGCUCCGCCACACAAGCGGUCUAUGGACGACGUUCUGAAGAGAUUAACGUCGAAAAUGAAUAACAGCACGAUCAAAGAAGAGAAGCGGCCCACACCGUCAACCACACCAGUCAAGCAGAACAAUGAACGACGGGGAGUUCUGGACGCGGCAGCCUUGCAAGCCCUAGCAGGUGAAAGCGUACUAGAGAAAGAGCGCCAACUGUCAGAAAUGAUCCUGCAACUGCAGAUGGUUAGAGAGCAACUGCUGACGCAACAGGAACACGCAAAGAACAUGGGCAACGUCUCGGCGGAGCUAGAGCUGCAGAGAUUGCAGCAAGAGCACCUUCGGCGCCAGGAGCUGGUGCGACGUGGCCAACACGGGCUUUACUCAGGCCACCCACUAGGUCUUCUGCCCCUUUUGGAGCAGAUGCGACCACAGCCACCGCAAGCGCAGGCCAACGUCGCCUCCGCUUGGCCGGCGACGGCGCAGUUGGCACAACUGACGGCGACCGCCCGCUCCCCCCCACCGGACCCCGAUGCCCCCUUGAACCUCAGCAAGCAAAGGUCACCGUCGCCAGCGCAGACGAUGAUGCUGCCGCGCUUCGUGCCCUACCCACCGAUGGAUGAAAGCCCCCAGUACAGCAUGCAGAAGGAGGAUGACUUUAACGCUUCGUGCAACACCUCGUCUUGGGGCCAGUCGCCGCCUGAGGAGGGCGAAAAGGCGAAGCUGAUCCGCCAGCCGAAAAGGGACGAGUCGGGGAAGCCCCACAUCAAGCGGCCGAUGAACGCGUUCAUGGUCUGGGCGAAGGACGAGCGCCGGAAGAUCCUGAAGGCGUGCCCCGACAUGCACAACUCGAAUAUAUCGAAGAUCCUCGGCGCUAGGUGGAAGGCGAUGUCGAACGCCGAGAAACAGCCCUACUACGAGGAGCAAUCAAGACUGUCCAAGCUCCACAUGGAGAAGCAUCCAGAUUACAGGUACCGCCCAAGGCCGAAGAGGACCUGCAUAGUCGACGGCAAGAAGAUGCGGAUAUCGGAGUACAAGAACCUGAUGCGCACGCGGCGACAGGAGAUGCGGCAACUCUGGUGCCGGGACGGGGGCAGCGAGCUGGGCUUCCUCCCCACCCUCCCCUCGCCGGGCCCGUCGAACACCUCGCCGCCGCCCAACGGUGGGAACUACAUGAACCCUGCCUUCUCCCCCCCAUUAUCGCCGAGAGAGGAGGAU